UACACAAAGCAAUUCACAACACCCAAAGAGUCCUCAACAAAGCUCACUCUUGAAAUAAACAAUGGCUGCUUCCUCAAUGGCCCUCUCCUCCCCAUCGCUGGCCGGAAAGGCGGUCAAGCUCUCCCCAUCGACCCAAGAAGUCGGGAGAGUCUCCAUGAGGAAGACCGUCACCAAGCAGGCCUCCUCCGGAAGCCCAUGGUACGGCCCAGACCGCGUCAAGUACUUGGGCCCAUUCUCCGGCGAGCCCCCGUCCUACCUGACCGGCGAGUUCCCCGGUGACUACGGCUGGGACACCGCCGGGCUUUCCGCUGACCCCGAGACCUUCGCCAGGAACCGUGAGCUUGAGGUCAUCCACUCCAGGUGGGCCAUGCUGGGAGCUUUGGGCUGCGUCUUCCCCGAGCUCUUGGCCCGCAACGGCGUGAAAUUCGGCGAGGCCGUGUGGUUCAAGGCCGGCUCCCAGAUCUUCAGCGAGGGUGGGCUCGACUACUUGGGCAACCCAAGCCUCAUCCACGCCCAGAGCAUCCUCGCCAUCUGGGCCACCCAGGUUAUCUUGAUGGGCGCUGUUGAGGGUUACCGUAUUGCUGGUGGGCCUCUUGGGGAGGUCACCGACCCAAUCUACCCUGGUGGGAGCUUUGACCCAUUGGGCCUCGCUGAUGACCCAGAGGCUUUUGCUGAGCUUAAGGUGAAGGAGUUGAAGAACGGUAGGUUGGCCAUGUUUUCCAUGUUUGGGUUCUUCGUUCAGGCCAUUGUGACCGGAAAGGGCCCACUUGAGAACCUCGCUGACCACCUCUCUGACCCAGUCAACAACAACGCCUGGGCCUACGCCACCAACUUCGUCCCCGGAAAGUGAAAUGUUUGAGUUUUAGAUUUGUGUUUCGUGAAGUAUAUGUUAUUGCAAUGUACUUCAGAUAAUGUGAAUUAUCUUGUGUAUCCAAUCCAACUCAAUGUUACUUGCUUUUUACAAAAUUCAACUCUCCACUUUUUCUCCC